GCCCAUCGCCAACUGUGUCAGUGCAACAGACUGUUUGUUCUCAAAACAUGUGACGUUUCUUGCCGGUGGCGGCCUGCGUGCAAGCCAACACUUGAAAUGUAUUGUGGAAUUUUUUGUUGUGACAGUAUGGGAAGCUAUCGAUGGAUGAUAAAAUUAAAUAGCUAGCGGUUGAUGGCCGUAGGGCGGUUGAAAAUGUUAUUAAGGCUAAUGGAGCGAAACAUUGUGAGCAAUAUAAUUGACUUAAUAAUAGAGGUUUUAUGUUUGUAUAUUAAUUUCUUACUUCCACAUCAUCACCAAGUAUGGCGUCUUAAUGUCACUUUACAUUAGCAAGAGAAUUUUCAAUAAAAUUGAUCAAAGUAAAGAAAUUGGUUUUCAAUAUAUUAAAAUGUGUUUCGUUGUCCGAAUGACCCUGCCCAAACGUCUGUUUCACUUUUAGCGGAGAGAUAUAACGAAUGAGGAUUUAUUGCCGGUAGACUUGUAACUUUCGUUGUGUCAGCAGUUCUUGACGGAAGUUAGAUACGUACAGCACUGUUGUCACCUUACGAUAAUUAACUGCAUGUAAUCGAAUCGUAACAAUAUCAUCUGCAGAAUUGAAGAAACUAAUAAACGCAUCUACAGAAAACUUAUAUGUGAGGGGUGCAGCUUAUCAGCGAACUUUUGCUGAUAUUUCUAUGCAUAUACUAUUUCAAUAUUUUAUGAAGAGAGAAAACUACUUCCAACAAAAUGAAGACUGCAAAAAGAAUGGUGAAAGUGACAUCAUCGCGUCUGGUUAGAGGACGAAGAGCAAAGUUACUGGCAAUCAGAUCAUUGGAAAGUAAAGUAACAUGUGUAGAAAAGAGAAAAGUUGAGCCUCUUGUGAACAAAGAUGAUGUGCACAAUGUGACAAUUAAUGACUUACCAGAUGAGCUGCUUCUCAAUGUUAUGAAGUUCUUGUCAGUGGAGGAGCUGCUGAUAGCUCAAGAAGUAUGCCACCGCUGGGAGCAGCUGACUUAUGGACCAAGUGUGUGGUUGAACAAGAGUUUUGUUGUUUGGCAUGGGCGUCAUGCUGUACCUUUGGCACGAGGUGACAGAAUUGGGAGGUACUGCAGUGUGGAAACAUCACUCACAUCCUGGUCAAAAGCUGACAUCUUUCUGAGAACUCAGUCACCAAAGUACCUGAAUAAAAUUUUAAAAAGGAUGCCUCAUCUACGUGUAUGUGCCUUACCAUUUGAAAGGCAAGCAAUUGAAGCUCUGUCCACCUAUUGUCAGAACAUUACAAAGCUGGAGAUUAUUACCUGCUCUGAAGUUGAUACCAUAACUCUGACAAAUUUAGUGGAUCGGUGUCCCUUGAUUGAAGUCCUGAAAUUGCCUGUGAGCUUCAUGACAACUGAGUGCUUGGCAGAACUGAUUGCACAUUUGAAAUAUCUUCAGGCACUCAGUCUCCAUGUGGACAUCAGCAAUUGGUAUUCACAGCCUGUGGUCCUGCAGCCCUUAGCAAGAAACUGCAGCCGUCUUUGCAAGCUUAAUCUGUGGUGCUUCACCCUUUCUGACAUUGGAUAUUUAUUUAAAGCACAGCCACCUUUGGAAGAGCUGUCCCUUCGCUGGACAACUGAGGAAAAGAGGUGUGUACUCCCAGACUUACUAGCCUGCUGGAAAUCAGUUAAAUUUCUUCAACUGCAAGAGUAUAAUGUGAGACACGAGGAGAGUUUUCAAGCAUUCCGUUCACUCGGGGAGCUCAGUAGACUGAAUUGGCUAGAAAUACAGUGUGUGAAAGAGUGCCCAGAAGGAGCUAUUGGGGAGGCAUUUAGGUAUGGAGGUCUUUCGCAACUGCAGCAUGUUGACUUGUCAAACAGCUGGGCAUUAGAUGAUACUGGUCUAAUUUCCUUGAUUCAUGGAUGCCCACAAGUACGAUGGCUUCGACUGUUUGGUUGUUAUGGGCUAACAGAUGAAGCAUUCAAGGACAUUUACAAACUUGUGCAUUUGAAAAGGUUGAAUAUCUCUCGAUGUGUGGGAUUAGGCUCAGCAGCCAUGUUUUUCAUUGCUCGUCUUCCAAAGCUGCGUACACUCUGGGUUGAGUACACAGACUUCAGGCGUUUACGUCCAGGAAUAAAAUGCAUAAUUGACCUACCAGAGUUGCGGCACCUCCACAUGGGAAUGACCACAAAUCUACAAUAUGUACCAUUUGAUUCCUUCCCAGAGAAUCUUCCAAAUCUCAAGUCACUGGAUGUACAAUGCUCCAAAUUUGAUGCUGCGGUAAUGGAAAAUUUGAAGAAACGGAUGCCAUCCCUAAAAGUUCAUGUUACUCAGUUCCAGUACCAAGACAUAAACAGUGCAGAUACAAGUGAUGAUGAAGUUUAGUACACACUAUUUUGGAGAUACAUUUUUUAAAUCAUAUUUGUACUUCAUAGUGAUGUUUAGAGGUAAAUUGUACAUACUUUUAACUGUGAUUGAUAUAUCACUACUUCUGGUGCUGCAAGAUAAUUGUGCAAUUGUUUUGUAUCUAGUCAUUUGUUAUUCUGGAGUUCUCAUUUAGUUUGUAGUAUAUUUUAUGCUCUCAUGUAAGGCAGCGUUGGACAUUUUAGUUAUAAAUCAAACAGAUUCUGAUACGUAGUAUAUUUGUUUAUGAAAAAUCAGAAAUUAUUGCCACGGGUGCAGUCCUGACACCUACGAGCAACUGAAGGCCGUGCUGCACAAUCUGGGAUAUCAGUAGUUGCUGGAACUAUAAAUCUUGUGCAAAUUAGUAUCUUUCUCAUAUACCCUCUAUUUGCUGUGAGUUGAUGGAAGUGCACAUUAUAGUGGAAAUGUGCAGUCUGUGAGAAACCAGUCCUUUUAUUUGAUACUGUCAAAGAAGAAUGAUUAUUAAUUAACAGUGUAGGCUGAUGCCUGUAAUACACACAAUCCCAACCACAACCACAAACUUUGACUAAUUACUCAGAUAAGGGGCUGCAAGAAAAACUUCCACAUCCCCUGACAGUGAUCCGUUGGAUUCUAAAUCGCACAGCUAAGAACACUGUAAAGAUUUCAUACACCUAAAUGCCAUGGCCCAGAGGUUCCUAGCUAGCUAGCCAAUCAGAAACUAAUACAUUGCAUUACUCAUCGGUGUCAGAAUCUAACUUCUUUCCUUCAAAUAUCAAAUCAUUUGAGAGGAAUAGCCUCCAUAUUUGUUGUGAUUGUUUUCCCUCUUUUCACAGUAUCACUAUUUUAAAAUUUUCCUGUUUCAAUGGUAUGAAGAGGGAUAUAUGCAGUCAUUUGAAAUGUGUGCACAAAUAAUGCUGUAUUGCACAUUUUUCGGUUUCUAGGAAAUUGACAAAAACAGUUAAUUCCAGAAAAUUAUUGUAAAAUAAUAAUGUAAUUGCAGAUAUGUAUUGUUUGUGCAUAAAAACUACUGAAAAUACUUGGUUGUGCUUUAUAAAAUUGAAGUAAGCAUAGGUUUUAUGAAAAUAAGUGAAUAUUAAAAUGGAAAAACACUGUGUAGCAAUAGAUAUACAGCAUUAUUCCAUACCUGUCUUCUGCUGUAAUGAUAAGGUUGUCUUGAAUCCAAAAGUUGUAAGAAAGAAAAUUAUAACAAGAUACAAAAUAAUAUUUUUGUAAACUGAUAAUUUUGGUCUUAAAAAAAGUAAUAGAACAUUCCAGCCCAAGAUGCUGGAGUUGGCUGUCCUGUGUGCAUGAGGUGUGCUUGCUUGUUUCUAUAUAUAUGUGUGUGUGUUUUUCUCUCUUUACUUAUUAAGGCUGUGGCCAAAAGCUGUAUGUGCCUGUCUGCAACUUGACAUGUCUUCUUUACAGUAAAUAGCAAUCUGUCUUUGCCUAUAUUGUUAAUAGAACAUGAGUUUGUUAUAAAGUUGAGAGACAAAUCUGGUGCAUUAAACUCAGUUGUCAAACUGCAGAUUUUCAUUAAAAUUCCUGUAUUUUGGUUCAGUAUAUUUCAUCAUGUCCAAUAAAUUAUUUCCUCCUUCUUAUGAAGUUUCAGUGUCCAGUUGUAGAGAAACCAAAAAUCAAAAGCCAACGGAAAACUUUUUACUUGAUGUUCACAAACUGAUUGACAAUACAAUGUCUUCGCCAUGUGCAAAGCACAUUGCAACUAGACACAUGCUUAUGUCACUAAACAGUCUCAGCCAGAGUAAUUUUCAAAGCAAGUGACUUUUUGGAACUUAACUCAUUGGAUCCUGUCUCCUUGAAGUCUUCCAUCAUCUUGUGAAUGGUCAGCUUUGAAGGACUGACAAAGCCCUCAGCAAUGACAUGCUUUCAUUCUGAAGGAACCAUAACUUUUGACACUUUUUUCUUUUUUCAGUCAUUGUAAAGUCCAUAUCAGAAAGUAGGAAACUAUGACCUGAACACACAAACUUUUGAUGUAUUUCUGUAAAGUACUGGCAGCUGAUCGGAUAGAAAUAGAGCACUAAAAAUCUACAGUUAUUUUUCUGCCCAACACAGCAGUAAGACAAUACUAUCAGUUGGUGUCUCAUAUCUUCUUCAAGUGUAUUGUAAUUGUUUGUCACGAAUUCAAGCAGAUGGGAAACUAUUUCAACUAAAUGUCUCCUUGUGGUGGAUUCAUCCCACAAAUUUACUGUGAUGUUUUCAGUACCAACAUCAUGAACCAUGAAAUUAGACGACGACAGCUGUCUCUGGUAGAAUACCAUGGACUGCAUCAAAGUAGGACGAAGUAAAGCCUUUCAUAUGUGAGCACAAACAAUUCUGUAAGGUACACAUGCUGUGCUGUGGGGCUAUCAGUAUGGUUGAAAAUGAACACACUUCAUACGUUGCAAUCACAGUGUAGACACUUUUAUUGCUUCACGAUUACCGGUUUCAACAGUCUUAUACUGCCGUCCUCGGAUGAUCUGUACUUUCUAUAAAAUUGUCCUGUUACAUUACAUAAAAUCAGAGUGGGUAUUGGGGAGUGCUUUUUAUGCUUUGACUUCAUGUAAAUUAACUUUGCAAUUUUCUGGAAGUUUCAGAAGAUUGGAUGAUGGAAACUGUUGAAACUUGUCAUCUUGGAGCAGUAAAAGUGUGUACACUGUGAUUGCAGUGUAUGAGGUGUGUUCAUUUUAAACACAUAUAAUAGGUAUAUUGUUUUUCCUUUUACCUGUUUCUGUAUCAUUUUUUAGCACUUUGAGCUGCAUCAUGCAAAAGCAGAUCAAACAUACCCUCUCAGGUUCAGCGUUGUGCAGUUCUGUUUUGUCAGAAGCUGCAAUGAUUUUGUUAAACAACAAAUUUCACUGUCUGCAAGUAUCUAACCUAGUACUGUGAAAUGUAAAUUAAAAUCUGUUUGAUACACACUUUGAUAGUAUGAUCUGCCUAUUGAUUUUCAGGAAUUUUUUUGGUAAACACUCAAUACAUUCUAGAUAGUUUGAAAUCAGGAGGCAGACAUUCUUUUAAGUAUUUGUUCAUGUUGUAAUGGCUCACCUACUUUGGAAAACAGGAAAUGUGAUCCCAAAUCAGAGCCAUGCUGUCAUGUGAUAUGGCAUGCGGCCUACUGAAAUGUUUUCCUCGACUGUCUUUAGAGUUGGUCAUUCCACCUUGUAGUUUAUAUUGAAGAGGCUGUAUUCAUCACUGGGUGAUGUAGAAUAUAUCAAACAAUGUUUAUUGACACGUUUCUUUUGGUUGGACUUUGUAUUUGAAAGUAACUUGUUUCCGUGAAACAUCAUCUGUCGUACCUUUCUUUCAUCUGGCUAAGCACACCUAUGUUGAUGGAUUUUGUCAAGUAAAUGGACAGCUCUUCAUAUAUCAAGGCGCGACAUUCUUUGUCCAACUUUAACUUAAUUGCCAGGUUUAUAUCCUUGCAUACUUCUUUUGAGCACACUUCUGCAUUGCAAACAUUAUCCUGAAUCAUACAGUCAAAAUUACUAUCUAACAUUCAACUGGAUCAGGUUACCUUCCAUUGGGAAAGGAGGUUCACUCAGCGACUGUUAUGUGAUUUACAAAUUAUAGAGCGCUGCAGUCAGUCGUAUAUAGAGGGUGCAAUAUGACCAAUCGAUGUGUUCCCCACAUAACCUACCUUCUUUAUUCAGUAGUAUUCGAAGAACUUUGACUGACGACCGAACAACAGGGAACUAACAUGCAUCGAGAUUAGAAAAUGUUGGUAUGUAAUCUAAUAUACAAGCCAUAGAGGUUAUGUCAUGAGUUGUAACAUUUUAUUGCAUCGUCUGACCAUGUACUUCUUGUAUUUUUGGCAUUGAAAUGGCUAGGCACUAGCCGAAAUCUGGAUUUGCGUAAUAAAACCUACAAGAAAAGGAUGACUGAGAGCAGCACUCUAUAAUUUGUAAAUUCAAGUGGAUUAUCAUAUUUCACAUUUUUUAAUAUAAGAGUGCUCAGAGUGUGUAUUAUAUUUCUUUGUCAAUGAUAAGACAAAACUGGAGUCAAUUUUAUGUAUGUUACAUAUUUUUGCUGUAAUGAUUUCAGAGGAUGGACAUAACGUACAUUGUUAGUGUCAUACACUGCUGUACGGGGCACAUAUGCUUCUCUACACAUGUAGAAAAUCAAACAAUGGAAAGUCCAGGAUGAAAUAAUGACAGUAUUAUGAAAAGAAUAGAUAACAAUUCAGUGUAUGGGUUCAGUGUUGUAGGAUCGCCGGAUCCAAUGAUGCACACUACUACAUACAAUAAGCACUAUUUUACCUCUCGGAAGCACACAUAUACAGUUAUAUACAUUCUUGAUUUACGGUGCACGCGUGUACUGUUUCGCACGCAGCCACAGACUGCUCAGAGAGAGCUUGCCAGAACAAAGAGAUUACGUGAGACUUGGUCGAUAGUUGCCAGAUUAGCCCCCCCUCUCCAGAGUGUGGAGCACAAAACAUAAAUAUUGGGGCUUACAUGUAACGGAAACAGCCGGGGGGGGGGGGGGGGGGGGGGGAAAUUGAAACUAUACCUUAAAUUAUAUUACGUUAGUAACUGAAGUUUUUGAGCCAGCGAGGGGGGCAGAUGGCCCUGCCUGACCUGGCGAAUCCUUGUACAGGUGACGGUGGGUUGUGAGGAGCCGGGGUAGUGGACCUGAAUGCUUGUUGAGGUGCGUAGGACGUUUACCGUUGAUGGGUCACUACCAACAGGCGAGGGGACAGACUGGAGAAGAUGAAUGUGGGUUAAGUUGUCAUUGGGGGAGCUGGCUCAUUCAUAGAAGACACACGCAUUAUCUGGCUGCAUAGCAAAAAACACUUUAGAGCUGCAAAUAAAAUCUGUGUUGACAUUAACUACCACUUCCCUAUACGGGUUGACAGAAUCUCCACAUGAGUCGUACGUGGCAGCAUGACGUGUUCCGAGGCUGGCCCCUGAUACGUCACUAAAUCCUAACAGGGGAGAGGCAAGGGGGCUGCCUGUAGGAGGGGGAGUCAUCAGACACAUCACUCUGUAGGGGAAUGUCACACACACCUGUAACACUGUCGUGUUGAGUACAGCUAGUCAGUGUGUUCAAUCACUGCGUCGAACUAUUGCCAACACAAGGUGGGUAACUGGAAAACCAUGCCAAAGAAUCCAUUGGAAAACCUAGUUGGCAUGUGUGCGAAGUAGCGGGCGGCACGCGAUCCAUUGUGUAGGGCUCAAUGGUACAAGAGUUCAUUGUAGCACUCAUCAACAAAAGUCAGGUUUACCAGUAUCGGUUUAGUGUUGUAGGAUUGCCGGAUCCAAUGAUGCACGCUACUAUAUGUAAUGAGCACUAUUUUAUUACUUGGAAGCUCACAUAUAUGGUUAUAUACGUUCUUGAUUCACGGUGCUUGUGUGUACUGUUUUGUGCACAGCCUUAGACUGCUUGCAAAGAGUUUGCCAAAACAAAGAUAUUACAUGUGACUUGGUCAAUAGUUGCCACAAGUGUAUAUCAGAGAUUCUGAGUCGCAGAUAGGCACAACAAAAAAACUGUCAAGUAAGCAAGCUUUCACCCAAAAAGGCCUUCAUCAGAAUUGGACAAAAUACACACACACACACACACACACACACACAGGUGAGAGUCAUAUGUGUGUGUGCACUCUGUAAUUCUGAUUAAGUCCUUUUUGUCCGAACGCUUACUUGCUUGACAGUCUUUUUGUUGUGCCCAUCUGUGGCUCAGCACCUAUAGACAUAAACCUUUUUACAAAACCCAUACAGCAUUACUCCAUUCACCUGCAUUGGAGGCUGUUUCACAGGAACUACUUUCCCUUUACAUGAUUUAUAUUCCAAUCCAGCAUGACAAAGCCUGUUCCUCUUCAUAUCUUGCAAAGUAUUGAUGUUCAUUUCCCUUUUCUCAAAUUAUUUGCAUGUUUCAAACCUAAGCAUCACCUUGUUAAACUCCCCAAUUCUAGUAGCAUGCAUCAUUGCAUGAAUCUCCUCGCUAUUUAGUGCUGUCCUCAGAUGGGAAACAGGCCAACUAUUACAACAGGUGAUGCAGAAUUUUGUAUACAACAUUAUUCCACACAAUUCUACAAAAUGUCAAUGUGCCAUACAGUGUUAUUAGUGUGCAUGCUUCAUUUUCUGAAACACUGAGUAGGCAGCAUAAAACUGUAUAUUGGCUUGUUUUCAGUGGGUCACUUUUGUGUGUGUGUGUGUGUGUGUGUGUGUGUGUGUGUGUGUGUGUGUGUGUGUAAUGUAAUGUAAUAUUUUCACCAUGAUACUUUACGUUUCAUUCUGGUUACCAAUUCUCACAAUUAGGAUAAUUGAUAAACUGUUUGUUUGUAUUAUUAUUAUUAUUAUUAUUAUUAUUAUUAUUACCACUACUGCUGACACACAUUAUGUAAGGGAAAGAGUGUCAUAAUCCUUUUCCCAAUUCCAGGCUAUGUUUUCACAUUUAUGCAGUGUGAUAUUGAGAGUGCUUGAUAGAAGCUGCAAGUCUAAGAAUCAGUAUCCUAAGACUUCUACUUUUAUAGCAUGCUGGCAGCAUGAAAUUCAUUUCCACCAAAGAAGCUAGCACUAACUACUCUUGGCAUAAUUAAAUAAUGUAAACAAUUUUUGAAAAGGUUUCUUAUGUAAUAAUGAAUCUACUGUUCCCAUACCUUUAUGUUUGGAUGUACUAUUUCCUUUUUCAUUACCACUGUGAAGACAGUAUUCUGAUGAAGUAUGAGAAGAAAUAUUCUUCACAGUUGGCUGCAUGUAUAAAUAAUUGCAGUGUGUUGACAUUUUACCCUUAAUUUCUUAUUGUUUACUACUCUUCCACCAAUAUGCUGCAGGGUGAGGUGUAGUUAAGGGUUGACUCCACCAAAAUAAAUGUGAACUAAGGGUGUCUUUUAUCUAUUUGAAAAUUAUGAGCCUGGUUGUCAACGCAUGAAAGCAAGUAGUUUAAUGUGAACAUCAGCCCAUAAUUUACAGCAAGAUAUUCAUCAUUCACUUAUUGGCAGUGUAUAUCUGUAGAUUUCAUGUACUAUUAUUACUUCCUCUUUAUGGAAUUCUAGCAUUUCUGUCUCCAUCCUGUUGAUAUUUCUUCUGUGUAGUAAGUGUAAGAAAAGUUACUGAUAAGUAAACCUCAGUAAGGUUAGUGUUUUUUUAUUUUUUAUUUUAAUGUUUAAAUUCAUUAGAUGUAUGUAAAUAAAAGUAGUAGAUUCACUGUUAAGGAUUUUAAUGUUAUUGAGCUUGUCACUGUGUUGUAGCUAACAAAACUGUAAAUUACUCUGUUAUACCCUGUUUACCUGAUGACAUUGUUAUAUGGGAUGCAUUAAUUUUUAACUGUAUGACAUUAAAAAUAGACAUGGAUGUUGGCUGUGACUAAUGUUUCGUUAUAUUGUCAGAUAUCUAGUUCUUGUUCUGUCUGGCUGAACUUUAUUAUAAAUGUUCAGAACUAUAAAACUUACUGGGAAAGGGAAAAUGUGAAAGAAUGUGGCAUGUUGGAUGUUGUUAUUACUCAGGUUUGUUUGUUUGUUUGGUGUGUGUAUGUUUGUGUGUGCAUAAAGCAGGGGUAGUCAACUUCUGUGAUUUUUACUAGUAAAGUUUUCUAAAUGCCCACUGGUUGCACAAAGCAGAGGUGCAGUAACAUUGUAUGGAAACCUAAUGAAAAUGUUUUUUAAAACCCCUACCAUCUACUGCCCACCUUGAAAGCUGGAAUGCCUGCUAGUGGGCGGUAGGGACCAGGUUGACUGCCACUGGUAUAACGUUUAUACUGAAGUGUAGAUGAAGAUAUGAGACUGAUCAUUAGUAUAAAAACUUCAUUUUAAAAUGUGCAGUAUUGUACUCAUAUUAUAUCUGUAGUGCUACAUUAUGUUGUGAAAGUCUAAAGAAUUCUGUCUAGCAUCAGUCUUGUGGAUUGUUAUAUGGCUGUGUAUAUUUGUGUAACCUACAUAAUAUAUGAUUGUGUUACAUGUUGAAUACAAAAUUUGUUUUAUUGUGCUCCUAGAGGUCUGACACCAUAUCUGUGUAAUUCUUUUAUAUUUGACUGGAUGUAUUUCUCAACUCAUUAUAGUAAAACGUUGUUCUCUCACUUUCACAUCUGUAGAGAUGUAAAAGAA